UUCGAUGGUAAGAAACCAGACACCUUAGCAUCCAAUACUCGGUUGUACAAGUGGAUCCCCCAGAAUGACCUUCUUGGUCAUCCAAAAACUAAAGCUUUUAUAGCUCAUGGUGGAACUAACGGCAUCUGUGAAGCAAUCUAUCAUGGCAUUCCUAUUGCUGGUAUUCCAUUGUUUGCGGAUCAACCUGAUAAUAUUAACCACAUGGUGGCCAAGGGAGCAGCAAUUAGAGUAGACUUCAGCACAUUGUCAACUACAAAGCUUCUUACUGCGUUGAGGACUGUCAUUAAUGACCCUUCGUACAAAGAGAAUGCCAUGAGACUGUCAAGAAUCCAACAUGAUCAACCAAUGAAGCCUCUGGACAGAGCCGUCUUCUGGACUGAGUAUGCCAUGCACCACAGAGGUGCCAAGCACCUUUGCCCAGCUCUCCAUGACCUCGCCUGGUUCCAGUACCAUUCUCUGGAUGUGAUUGGGUUCCUGUUGGCCUGUGUGGCAGCUGUGGUAUUCAUCAUCACAAAAUGUUGCCUCUUUUGUUGCCAUAAGACUGGCAACAAGGGUAAAAAGAAGAAAAAAGAAUAG